UUUGCGUUUGAUAAUGUAUGAUAUAUUAAUUACUGAUUAAUGAUAUCCGCCACUAACCCAGUCCCUUAAGGAUACUAGUUUUGCUUCUUUUUUUUUUUUUUAACGGGAAAUUUACAGUAAUAGCGAUUUUCUGUCGAUAUUUCGUCAUGAGUGACACGUUAUGGAUCGGGGCCAAACAUUUCAAGAAGAAUUAAAAACGUAAACAUCAUGAGUACGUUCAAAAUAUAAUAAAUCAUAUAUUAAUUCUGUUUAAGACAGAAAACGUGCCAUUUAAUGUAGCUGUGCAUCGCAACGACAUUAAAGGGCGCGUCCCAAAUCGAUAUUCUUCAAACCAAGGGUGAGCUUCAAUCUGCAUCUCUCUCUUUACUAACUAGUGCACUUAUCCUAGUGUAGAAAGCUGACUGCCAUUAUAAAACCUUUUGCAUUGCAAAGAUAAUUUCUUUUUAGACGGGGUUUAGUGAGACGUACAUUUUGACACACACAUCCAGAAAACUAGCAGAAUAGUUUAAAAAUGUAUUAGAACGUGUUAAUUGUAAAACACUUUAUUUAUAGUGCAUGCUAUCCAAAUAAAUGUGGUUUAAGCCUUUUAUUUAAUGAAAUAUCGACACAUGCUUGGCUAAUAUGUCUUGAUAUUUGGGGAUUAUGUUUAAGCUGUUGUCUUUAGUAUUUGUUUUUCUUUAGUAGCCUAAAAAGGAAUGAUAAUGUUCGCACCACUCCAAAACCAGCAUUGUCUUUCAUGUGUAAAAGUCAACUGCUGUUAAAUAUUCUAAGUAUAUUUAUAUUUACGUUUGUUAUUUUUGGAGGAAAAAAAAAAGUCCAACUGAAUCUGGACCUCUGAUGUUAACGAAAACGUGAGGAGAAAAACUGUGUUACAGAGCCCCCUCGGCACGGUGGUGUAGUGGUUAGCGCUGUCGCCUCACAGCAAGAAGGUCCGGGUUCGAGCCCCGGGGCCGGCGAGGGCCUUUCUGUGCGGAGUUUGCAUGUUCUCCCCGUGUCCGCGUGGGUUUCCUCCGGGUACUCCGGUUUCCCCCACAGUCCAAAGACAUGCAGGUUAGGUUAACUGGUGACUCUAAAUUGACCGUAGGUGUGAAUGUGAGUGUGAAUGGUUGUCUGUGUCUAUGGUGGGGUUUACAUUAGACCGUAUCAGCGGAUCAUCAGAUUAACGUUUUUAAAACGAUUAGCGUGCACACAGCAACGCCAGUACACGAUUCGCGUGCACACAGCAACGCCAAUACACGGAUACGCUCGGCUCCGCAGGCAUCCUGCGCUCCAAAUCACUCCGCCCUGAACAGCGAGUGCCCUCUGGAGGGUGCGCACUCCGGCCCUGCGCAGCUCACAGAGCAUGCGAGUGAAGUGCACAAGCAGUGAUUCGGGACUGAGCCGCUGUGUGUGUGAUCCCAGUGCAUAUCGGGUAUGUGCGUCACUUACCACUUGCAAGUGGAAGGAUGGCAAGCCUAAAGACAAUCAUAACUACACAAUGGGCAGUAUUUGCAUCAGUAUUUGCAGUAUUUUCAUACUUUUAUACUCUUUAAUGAAAGGUGAUACAAGGCGGAAGUCCGCACCGUUUUUCACCAGUCGCGUCACAUGACCAACGCCAGCGAAUCAGGAAGGUGGAUGUCACAGUGUCGUUGUCCAAUGACGAUGCCAGCUAGAGCUCAGCACAGCGUAUCCGCGUAUUCUCAAUGUUUACACAGCACCGGACCAGACACGAUCUGGAUUGAAUACGUGGACGCUGGCGGAUUCCCGUUUCCCGGCGUUUUAAUGUAAACGGACAGUGCAUCCGCGAAGAAAACGAGACAGAUACGGUCUAAUGUAAACUUGGCCUAUGUGUCAGCCCUGUGAUGACCUGGCGACUUGUCCAGGGUGUACCCCGCCUUUCGCCCGUAGUCAGCUGGGAUAGGCUCCAGCUUGCCUGCGACCCUGUAGAACAGGAUAAAGCAGCUAGAGAUAAUGAGAUGAGAUGAGAUGAGACAGAGCCCCCUAAGAGUCAUUGGUUAUGUUUUCACCUCUGUUUGUUUGUUCACAACGUAACUCAAAAAGUACUGAACGGAUUUGGUUGAAAUUUGGUGGACAGCUUUAGUAUCAUCCCAGGUUCAAGUGAUUUGAGUUUUAUGUUAUGUGGCUUGGUAGAGGUAUGCAGUCCACCAUGUGCCCGGCCAGUGUUUUUUUUUUUUUUUUUUAGCAACUUUUGUGUUUCCUUGCAAUAAUCGUUAUGAGUUAUGAUUAGGUUCAUGUGUAUCUUCAGUUUUUAAUCACAUAGGGCAAAGGGGGGCAUUAGGCCCUGUGUGGUAUUUGGCUCCACUACAUUGAAAAUGUAUGGAAUUUAUCAUCAACAUGUCACAUUAUUGCAGGUUACUCAGGUGCCAGUGGGAAUGCAUGAUAACUGUAUCCAGUAAAAUGAAAUAGAAAUUGAAAGUUGGACUUUUCUUCUGGGGCCUUAUUGCCCCUCACCUGUGAGGAAUUGGCUCUACUGUUAAAAAUAAAUAAAUAAAUAAAUAAAUAGUUGACUUGGAAAAGUGUUGCACUUUUUUCAUUGGAUUUGAUGGCAGUUAAUUUGUAAUUGUUUUUGUUCUGUUUCACUGUUAAGUUACUUUCUUUAUACUUUUUUUUUUUGACGUGUAGGGCCGAAUGCCCCCCUUUCCCCUAAUGGUGUGGUUUUUUUUUUUAAAUGCAGUACCAAUAAUCGCUUAUAUUAGCUAGCUACUGGACAAAAAUCUACCUACUAGUCACUAUGCUUCUUUAAACAAAAGUGUAUUUGUAUUGAACCAAGUGUUUACAUGGUCACAGAUUAAUAUAGUUGAAUGCAACAGUUGGUGCUAUCAUGAAAACGUUAACCUAAGGUACUCCAGGAUCUUAUUUAGCCGUUCACCCACUGCAAUUUGAAGCUGGUAUGCACGGUCUUAAAUAAUUUAGCAGCUUUCUUCCUUUUUUUUCCCAACUGACUGGAAAAUUCUUGUCACCUUAAGCUCAGCUUUCUCGGCAGCUUCUGAGAGCAGACAGGUAUUUAUAGACCUAUAGAAAAGAAUUUUAAGCAAACUGUACUGAAAGUGUUGAACUAGCUUCUGCUGGAAACUACUAAUUCCAUUGCCAAACAUGUUACAGCUUCCAGAUGUCUUUUUUUUUUUUGAAUUAUGAAAAUGAGCAUGGUAGCUUUUCUAGGAAGUGGUAAUCUGAAAGUGAAAUUUUCUGAAGUUUUCUUGCUUAAAUGGGGUUCUCUGGGAUGACGUCAAAGAAAUCCCCAUGGCCACCGUAAUGUUCACUGUCCCUGACAUGGAUAUGCCACCUCAUCCCUUCCUUCAGUAUGAGGUGAUGAAUCCAAAUCAAACAGCUAGCUUACUAAAGUGGUGUUCAGAAUGAUUGAAAUUGAUGGUUACAUGAAGCACCAGAUGUGUGUUGGAUGAAUUCAUAAGCAUUGCUACUUGCAGUGGUAGGGCUGGUGAAGGGCGAAAGUGUUUUGUAAGUAUUUUAAUACGUCGUUUCGGAUGAACUGAAUGGUGUGUGUGUGGCAGAUCUGCUCAAUGUGUAAGCGAUGCUAGGUCGAGGAUGGGACAUGCACUGUGUAUCUGCUCUCGCAGUUCCAUCACCAUCGACAACAAGAGAUACUACUUCAUCCAGAAACUUGAUGAGGGCGGCUUUAGCUAUGUCGAUCUGGUAGAAGGAGCUCAGGAUGGCCGUUUCUACGCUCUUAAGCGAAUCCUGUGUCACGACCGGGAAGGACGGAAGGAGGCCCAGACGGAAGUGGAGAUGCACCGACUGUUCAACCACCCCAACGUCUUGAGUCUGAUGGGCCACGCCUUCAUGGAGCGUGGAGGAAAGACCGAAGCCUGGCUCCUCCUGCCCUACAUCAGUAAAGGAAGUCUGUGGUCUGUUUUGGAGAAGCUGAGGGAAAAAGGUAGCUCCAUGCCUGAGAGCCGGAUCCUGCACAUUUUCCGUGGUGUCUGUGAAGGUCUAAAAGCCAUCCAUGACAAGGGAUAUGCACACAGGGACUUGAAGCCCACUAAUGUGCUGCUGGAGGAGAACGACAAGCCGGUACUGAUGGACCUCGGUUCUAUGAACAAAGCCCGGAUUGAAGUGAAAGGCUCCAGAGAGGCCAUGACUGUACAGGACUGGGCAGCUCAGAGAUGUACCAUCUCCUACAGAGCACCUGAGCUUUUCAACGUGGAGAGCUACUGUAUCAUUGACGAAAAGACGGAUAUUUGGUCAUUAGGGUGUGUCCUGUACUGUAUGAUGAUGCUCGAAGGACCGUAUGAUCUGGUGUUUCAGAAAGGAGACAGCGUUGCUCUGGCUGUCCAAAACCCGGUCACCAUUCCACAAGUGUGCAGCUACUCUGAAGGACUCCAGACGCUCCUGAGCUCCAUCAUGGUGACGAACCCUCAGGAGCGGCCCAACAUUGACUGGGUGCUCGAACGGGUCAAAAACCUCCAGAGUACAAAUGGAGGAGCGAUCGAAACCGACAGAGUAUGACAAAGGGAGCAUGCUUUUAAUCUUCUUUCUAGACUUUUUUUUUCUUACUUUUACCUCAUUAAAGACAUCGAGAAUACAUGCUGAAACACAGUUCCUCUUACACACACACACCUGCAUCAGCCAUGAUGAAGGACAUCGUUCAUUGCGUUGAAGGUUUUCAAAGUUGCACCAUGCAAAUUUGGAUUUUUAGUGUUAUGUAAGCACUAAAGCUAAUCGAGUGUGCUCCACCUGCUCGAGUGUUCUUGUCGCAGCAAGGGCAAGAGCAUAAGUUGAAUUUAAUCAGCCAAUCACAAAAUUGACCAUGUGACAUCACCACUAGCCUUUUUUAAUCGUUUCUUUGACUUGGUGUACUGCUUCGCAUAAAAUAACAUUUAGCAUAUUGAGCUAUGCUAGCCAUCUAUUUAAACUCUGCUACCUGACAGUAACAUUACUUCUGUUGCAGCUAACUACUGUGAGUGAAACUAUUGUGCUAUAUAAUUACCAGGAGCCAGACACUAGUUCAAAUUAGUUUAAUUAUAUUGUGUAGUUAAGAUGGAGAACAAGCACGGUAGCAGACUGGUUGAAAUUAUGCUAGUUAUUAUAUUUUGUGGUGAAGACCAGUACCUAGCUAACAUGAAAUUAACUAUGGUAGAUGAUAAGGAUUGUCGAAUUUUUCAACAUUAUCAUUCUGACAAUUAAGCAUAACUAGAGGUCAAAAAUGAUGUAGCUAUCCAGUUUCUUAACAAGCUAGCUAAGACUUAUUAUAUUGUUAGCAAGCUUCUUAAAAGUAGGCUAGCUUUUAUAUUUGGUGACCAUGACUAGUAUUUUAUGCUAAACUGUACAUCGAGCACAAGCUAGAAUUAAGCCAAUGCUCUGUUGUAUAACAAUAGAGAAAAAGAUGUCUCAUUCUGGAACGUUGAUUCAUUUUUAUGAAUAGAAAAAAGGCUAAAGUUGAAGUACAUACCGUAUGUUAAGUUACUGUGUGUUUGUGUGUGUGGAAGAUAAACCUGGGUUUUGAAUGGAAUUUAAAAAUAAAAGCAUCUAAUAAGG